UUCCUGUCAUUUUUAUUUUGAUGAGAAGGAAAACCUGACAAGCUUAUUCAAUGUUAAAAAGUUAUCUUCCUUUCACUGUUUAACUUUCACAUACUUUUAAAUAUCAGAAACAGACAAAAGUGCGUUACAUGAAGAUUCCAAGAAUUUCAUUACAAGAAAUCAGUUUUAUGUAGUUCGCUGAUGUUUGCAAGAUAGCAGACUAAGCUUUCACUAGAGCCGUUUGCCUGAAAUGAUCAGCUGCGAAUGGAACAUCAUGGAAACAACGGAAAUCAUUCUCCUUGAUUAAAACUAUGCCUGUGAACGAUUAUUUUCGUGAACGUGGACAGAUUAAUUGAAUCGACUGUCAAGAUAAUCAGGCUACUUGCAAGCAUUGCCAGCUAGCUUGUCAAGUCGUGCAAAAGCUAACCCAGUGCAGGGAGUUUGCAAAUUGAUUUCACUGUCUUGUUUCUUAGAUUACCACAACUCGUUUUCUACUCAUUUAUAUUUUGCUCUAACUCGUAGUCUUUGGUUUUUAGAAUUGCUAUGGUAAGUUGGUGUAAUCAACGUUGGCAAAGCUUGACAACUUUAUGGACAGCUGCCCUAGUUGUGUUUGUGAUGUGUCAUCAGGGACUUCGAUGAAGUAAUUGUAAUUAAUCUGAAUCAGAUGUUAUACAGCAGUAAUAAGAACGUCAUUGGUUCUUAUUAUGAUGUUAUUAAUCAAGUUAAAUACUCUCCAGAUUUAAAAGUUUUAUUAUAGGCUCAAUACAAUAUAAUUCCAAUCUUUAUGAGAAGGAUUCUGUAAAUAACAGAAAAAUCUGGAUAAAGAUAUUUUAUGUAUUGUGUCUUUUGUAUUUAGUAUCUUAUGCCUGACCUCUCUAGCUGGCACCACCAAUCCUUACCAGGCAUUACCAGCACUUCUGGAGAGGCCCAAAUUGUUCAAUGCCAUGGAACGUGACUUACACAAGCACAUUAUGAGAGAAAGGGAGCGGAAGAGGCAAGAGGAGGAAGAGGUUGACAAUAUGAUGGAGCAGAAACUAAAAGAAGAAGAAGAGAGGAAGAGGAAAAAAGAGAUGGAGGAGAGGAUGUCGUUAGAGGAGACUUAAGAGCAAAUAAUGAAGAUGGAGAUAUGCUGCAGUGUCUUCAAGAGGAGAAGCACCAGCUUUUCCUGCAGCUGAAGAAAGUCCUGCACGAAGAGGAGAAAAGAUGACGAAAAGAACAGAGGUCAGGUGACUCAUGGGCGUCCAGGGGCUCUUCUUGGGGAACGCAGUAAACAGCUCUUCCAGUCUUCAUUCAGUCAUGCCUGUGUGUGUGACAUUAAUCAACCUAAUUAUGUCUAAAAAUGUGUUGCAAACAAACAAUUCUUUUCAAUGACGAGGGGCAUGUCCAUUGACCAGAGCCGUGGCACACUGGCUAGUGCUCAUAACAUGUAAGAGCUGUAAACUCCUAUAAAAAUAUCCUAUAAAAUAAAGGCUAAAAAAACAUGACCUACACAAAAAGUGGAAAGUUACCUGGCGAAGCCUACAGCUAUCUCUUUUGAAUAUAUUUGCUUGAAUCAAGUGUCAAGUAAAGCUCAGGAAUGCUUCGUAACCAGUUGUUUUUUGUAUGUACUUGGUGUGUGUGCUUAAAAAUGUGUUGAAGAACUGAAUUGUCUGCUUGCCACCUCCCCAGACACAUCAUUACCAGUCUCAGCCUGGAUUUAGUGCAGGUGGAACAGAGCAUGCCCAGUCACAGCCCUUAUGGAGUAACCCAGCCACAGCAUACAUCACCUUUCACCUCUAGUGAGCCGGUGCCAGCCAACUGUGCCAGUGGCUCACAACUCAGAGAGUUCGAUCUUCCUUUAAAUCAGCGGACCUAAGGUUUUGUCUUGUUUGUAAUCUUGCGAACCUGAAACGGAGAGAGACAGGACAUGGCAGACAAAUCUGAAAGCCAAGAUUUUGCUGAGCUCUGGGAGCGGAACCUCAUGUUGGAGCACAUUCAAACAUCAGAAGGUGGCCCUUGGGACUCCUCAAUCUAUGAUGAGUACCUUCCAGAGUCAUUUGAUCAAAAUAUUUUCGAUGUUAUUGCUGAGCAACCUCAGCCAUCCACUUCCCCACCAACAUCCACUGUCCCGGUUGCCACAGACUAUCCUGGAGAACAUGGCUUCAAACUGGGAUUCCCGCAAUCCGGCACUGCCAAAUCUGUAACUUGCACGUACUCUCCAGACCUGAAUAAGCUCUUUUGCCAGUUGGCAAAAACUUGUCCUGUUCAGAUGGUGGUGGACUCCCUCCCUCCUCGGGGUGCGAUGCUUAGAGCCACAGCUAUAUACAAAAAGUCUGAGUAUGUGGCUGAGGUGGUCCGCCGAUGCCCCCACCAUGAGAGGACCCCAGAUAGUGAUGUACUGGCUCCAGCUGCUCACCUGAUCCGAUUGGAAGGAAACUCACGUGCUGAUUACAAGGAAGAUCAUAUCACCUCCAGACACAGUGUAAUUGUGCCCUAUGAACCUCCACAGGUGGGAGCAGAGUGCACCACUGUCCUUUAUAAUUACAUGUGCAACAGCAGUUGCAUGGGUGGGAUGAACCGCCGUCCCAUCGUCACUAUUAUUACUUUGGAGACUCAGGAUGGUCAGUUGCUGGGUCGUGGAUCUUUUGAGGUGCGUGUGUGUGCGUGCCCAGGACGAGACCGAAAAACUGAGGAGAGUAACUUCAGAAAAGAGCAGGAGGCCAAAACCAUGGGCAAGACCCCUUCUAAACGAAGCAUUAAGGAGUCAUCCUCAUCUACUCCACGCCCUGAGGGCAGUAAGAAGGCUAAACUGAGCAACAGCAGUGAUGAGGAGAUCUAUACCCUGCAGGUCCGUGGUAAGGAGAGAUUCGAAAUGCUUAAAAAAAUCAAUGACAGUUUGGAAUUGAGUGACAUAGUGCCUCCAUCUGACUUGGACAAGUACCGUCAGAAAGUUGUCUCGAAGACCAAGAAAGACAAGGAUGGCCAGGCUCCUGAGCCCAAACAAGGAAAGAAACUGAUGGUGAAAGAUGAGAAGAGUGAUUCUGAUUAAGAUGGAGGGAUACUGAGAGAGAGAGAGAAAGAAAUGUCUUCCUGUCUUCCUUUUGCCUUUAUUGCAAACUGCCUUUUGGUUAAUUGCAAACUGCUUGUGUCCUGCUUUACAGUAGACCUAUAUGAUCCCCAGACCUUUAUGUCAUUAGCUGGGUUUUCAUUUUAAUGCAGAUUUUGGGAUAUCGCAUUAAAACGGCUAGCUGGAAACAAUAAGAUGCGAAUAAAAUCUCCAAAUGUGCAUAAAAACCUUAUACGCUCACUUGAGGUGGAUACAUUUUUAAUCUAUAGGAACAAUUUGCAUAAUCUAUGAUGGAAACACAUUUUUAGGAAUACAAGAUGUGCAUCAAAAAAGUAAUGUGACUGAAUAACUAAUUUAGUAGCCAGAGGACCAAUCAUCGCAUCUGAAAUGUUGCUCUGGUUCUCCUGAAAUAAUGGUGUCUGGAAAAUCCAAAGCCUACAUAGAGUUUGCAAAGCAAAUAUGUAUUAUACAAACUUGAACUGUACCGAAGAGCAAGUUUGACACUUUUGAAAAAAAUUAUUAUUGAUACACACAGCAAAGGAAUAAAACACACAGUGCUACCAGAACUGUUUGAUGCGCUGCUGCUCUCAGAUAUGAGACAAAGUUCUUUUUCCUUUUCUGCAUAUCACGGCGCUGUUUUGUGGUCAGUUCUGCAUUACGUGGCGGCUCAUUUUUGCUUAUCGCGGCACAUUUCGCAGCCGACCCACUGGCCCGCUCGGUUCUCCUGGUGGUCAGUCCGCCCCUGAUCGGCCCCAAAGUGCGUCGGCCCACCGGGAAAAUGCCUGGUAUGCCAGAUUACCAGUCCUACCCUGGUUGCAACUAGAAAAAACUGUUUCUCAAAAUGUCCAAAAACUACCAAGUCAUUGAAUUUGGAUUUUUUUUUUGUUGAAAGUUUAUGCCGAUAUUUUGUAAUCUGUUUUCAUACUUUGUUUUAUAGGAAAAAGUAUUAAUGCAACCAUUAGAAGUAGUUACUAGCCAACUAAUACAUUUGUUUGUUUUGUUUUUUUAAACACAAAGUGAAAUCAGAUUCAAUAUUUUGAGACUUAUUUAGUUCAUUUAUAUUAAUAAUCAUUACAGGCUGUUAUCAUUUCUAAAACUUAAGAGACAGUUUAUGGUGUACAAUACACAAUCUGUAAUUGUUUGCAAAAUCACUUGAAUGCCAUGGAUUGACUUAAUGAACCUUUAAAGUAACUGUUGUUAAUUUCUACACAUUUUGUACAACUACUACAUCCUGCCGUUUUAAGUAGUUAUUGAUAACCCUAGUUAUGUUGUUUUGAAUAUUAAUAUGGCACAUGAGUUCAUGUUUUUGACAAUUGACUGUUGUUUUGUAAGUGGUUAUCGGUUAUAUGCCUAAAUAUGAGCAAAUUGAAUUGUUAUACUCAGGGCACAUUUAAAGUCCCUCCUGUUAAUCUUGAUAAAAAUACAGUACUAUACUGUACGAUCUUGCUAUAGAUUAUUUUCUAUUUUUAUACUAUUGUUUGGUUUUGCAUUCCAGUUUAGUUAUAUACACAUCGUUACCAUUACACAUGCUUUUAUUCAUGGUUGUAGCUUUGGGUAUAUUUUUAAGAAAAACAAAAUCAAAAAGUUCAAUACAAUUUCUAUUUAAAAGA